CUCACCAAAGCAGCAUCAGUUCAUCGCCAACUUUCACAGCGUCAACAUCGCUCACCCAAAAAGAAGCACAAAAGAAAACAAAACAAGGAAUACGACACAAUUUCUCUACGCCAAAUACGGAAACGUAGAACACCAAAAUAUUAGAAAGUUUAAGGCCCACACAUCCGACACAUCCACCUCACCAUGUAUACGGACACAAAAAAUCUGGCAAAUCUUUGCAUCAAUCAAUCAAAUUCCGCCAUGAAGCUGUCAAAUCACCAACAACAGCAGCAAUUACUGCUGCAGGAACAACAACAAAGUGACAAGUUCAAACUGAAGAAAAUGUGGAAGCCCAUUUUGCGGCUAAUGGCCCUUAAAUCGGCAAAUUCGGCAUCGAAGAGCAAUCGUUCCCUGCCCAAUAAUGUCAAUCUCAAUAAUGCCCAGAUCUGCCACAGUACACCCAAGGAUUUGUUGUUCAGUGCGGAGCAAGAGCAGAGGCUCCAGGAAGCAGUAGAAGAAAAAUUUCCCGAAAUUUUGCAAGAAACGGAAGUAAAAGAAAUCAGCAACACCACCUCCCCCGUUUACCACCCAAAAGUUGGCAGCAAUGCCAAGGAAACCCAGGAAUUCAUUAGCCGUGUCAGUGUUGACAAGACCCCACUGAAUUGCUGCAGCACCAACUGCGUCUAUGGACGUAACUGUCAACACUCGCAAUAUCACCAAAUGGAACAAAAUACUACCUCAUCCAUCAACCACAACACUGCCACCACCCCCUCCACCCAACUCCAACGCCAGAACCUCCUGCUCGAUGAAGAUUUCAAUUUCAUCAAUGCCGAAGAUGGUUGCUUCGUUUGGUCCAACACCCCCAGCGGCGACAUCGACGAACAGCUGUUGCGCGACUGGUAUUGGCACAACUCAUGGCAGUUUGCCGAAAAUGCAACCAUGUGUUAGACGUCAACAGAGCUGCAUUUGCCACCGCACCGACAUGCAAAUGCAACCUUGUGUUGACAUCCUUACCCCCGGGAGCGUUGCCAAAAGUUUUUCAAAUUAAAGAGUGGAUCUCAAGCUGUUAAAUAAUUUUAUUAUAGCAUUCUUUUUUUUAAUUUUUAAUUUUUACUACAUUAGUAAAAUUUAACCUUAAUUUUUUUAUAGAUUUGUAAUUGUUAAAAAUACUUUUUUUUUUAAUUUUAUUUUUUUUUAACUGUAAAAUAUGCAAUAUUUUAAUAUUAUUUGUGAUAAUGUUAUCAAUUGAGAGUGAGAAUAUUUGUAACAAAAAAAAAGACAUGAAAAGAAGAGAAGACAAACACAAAACCCAGUGCAAAACAAAAAGAAGACAAAAAACAAGAAUCCAAACCACAAAGAAGAAGAAAAAAAUAAACAAAAGAAAAUAGAAAAUAUUCUAAUUUCAUAAAACAUAAA